AUGAAAGUGAUGACAGGGUUUAUGACUACCCUUGUGGGAGUCAAUACGACAUUGUACAGAUUUUACCGAAAGAGGAGCAGAUGUCAAUGCUCAGGGGGGUUUUAUGGCAAUGCUCUCCAGGCUGCAUCUGCAGGAGGCCAUCUUGAUGUGGUACAGGCACUGCUCAAGGCGGGGGCCGAUGUUAACGCUCGGGGUGGCAAAUAUUCUACUGCGCUCUGUGCUGCCACUGAAAAAGGACAUCAGGAAAUUGUGCAGAUGCUACUGAGCAACGGCGCUCAAGAUUACUUUACCGCUAUCCCGAAUGUGGUGAGCACAGCGCAUAAAUCCACUCACCUGCUCUCAUUGGAUAGCGAGAAUACCUCGGUAUAA